AUGCACUCCAAAUGGUUGGCACAUUUCCUUGAUGGAGCAUUUCAGUUGCCUAGCAUAAAGUCUAUGGAGCUGGAUAUAAUGGAAUGGGAUGAAUACAUGAAGAGGUACUCUCGUGAAUACUUCCGUCGAUCUUGCGUUGGAGCUCUCCACAUCUGGUACAAUGACCAGUUGUGCCAGGACAUGGGGUGUGAACCCAGGAGGAAGAAAGGGUUCUUUGCAGAUUGGCUGAUGCCAUAUCUUCCAUCAGAUUACAAGGAUAUCGAUCUGAAGAAGUGA